UGCGCUGUCUCUGGUCGUGCACACGUACUCGUUGCGGUACUGGCUUCCAGCAGCGGUGAUGCUGGGCACCGCUCCUGCUUAUCUGCUGUCCUGGAGCGCCUGGCGGCUGCUGUCCACUAUGCUACCGUCCAGACUCUAUCACACUGUGGAUGACUGUGUGUAUUCAGUGUAUCAGAGUAUGGUCCUGUUCUUCUUCGAGAAUUACACAGGAGUGGAGAUGUAUCUUGUCAUCUUUCCAGAGGGAACCCGCUACAACCCUGAGCUCCAGAAAGUCAUCAGUGACAGUCAGGCUUUUGCUGUUAAAGAAGGACUUGCUGUGCUGAAGCAUGUUUUUCAACAACCAAGAAUGAAAGCAUCACACGUUGCCAUUGAGACUAUGAAGGAACACCUUGAUGCUGUAUAUGACAUAACCAUUGCAUAUGAGGGAAAACUCACUGCAGCCGGCCAGAGACAUCCAGCUCCUACAAUGCCAGAGUUCCUGUGUAAGGAAUGCCCCAGGGUGCACAUCCACUUCAACCGCUUGGACAUGAGGGAAAUUCCUGUGGAGCCAGUGUUUUUCCGCAGAUGGCUACAUGAAAGAUUUGAAAUCAAGGACAAGCUUCUUACCACUUUCUAUGAUUCUGAAGACCCUGAGAAAAAGUGCAGGUUCCCUGGAGAAAGCCAAAAGUCGCCUCUUAGUCUUACAAAGACAUUGCCUUCUCUGUUGAUUUUGGGUGGCCUCACUUUACCAAUGCUGUUAACAGAGUCAGGUAGAAAACUAUAUCUCAGUACCUGGCUUUAUGGGACUCUGAUUGGAUGGGCGUGGGUAAGUCUUAGUCCUUAAACUAACGAUACUGAAAAAAAAAAAAAUCCAUUCUGACCACUCAGAUGAUACUUUUAGAUUACAUCAUUGGAUUCUUCAUUUUUCACCAUAGUUUCUUUUUG